AUGGAACCGAAAUUCGCGUUUCAAAUUUACAAUAGUGACGCUGAAGUAAUUGUUAUAUACUCUGACGCAUAUUGUCAGAAAUACAAUACAACUGAAACAUGCCGAAAUGCAUCAUCAAAGAAUAUAACAUGCUUUUGGUGUGAAAAGGCUAAUAGAUGUAUUGAUAGUAACGAUCAGGAUACUCAUGACUUAAAAGUUAUUAAUUGUCGUGUCGAGAAGAUUCUGGAUGUUAUCAAUCCGAGCACAACACCUCCCAACCACAUUGAAACUACACUUGAGAUCACCGAUGUUCAGGUAAGAGAAAACCUCAACGACACAGUAGAAGAAACUGAACGAUACUCCAAUAUAACUACCGAUAUUACCGAAAAGAAUCAACAGAAUGAGUUACUCUGGUACAUAUAUAUUGUCAUACCAUUGGCUGUUUUCUUCUUUGUUGUAUGCAUCGGUUAUAUUAUUCGGAGACGGUUACACAGAAGAAAAAGAAGUAAUGAAUGAUCCUGGAAGACGUCUUAAAACGUAUUUAAUUGUUCCGACUAAGUUCACUUUAUUUCAUAUCUGAAUUAGAAAAAUUAACUUUUAAUUGUUCAUCUCAAUAAUUAGAACAUUUUCUUUAUGGAACUAUUUACAUUCUUGUGCUUGUUUACGUAAUAACUGAUUUUAUCUUCUUAAUGAAAUCGCAAACAUGAUUUUAUUAUUUGAGUAAUUGUCUGACUUGUUUUACAAGAGUUCCACAACACUUUAUUUGUAAAUUAGUAGUAUUUGUAUACGUGAUUUUGUCAUAACUGCGAUCAACCAUGAGUCCGUUGUGAAUCUUCAUUCUGAUGCGGUCUCACCACUGAGAAAUAUAAUUUGGAAUUGACAACAGUCAUUGUUAUAAACUGAGCUGUCGGAAUACCUUAUCAAUACACUAUUAAGCACCUC